GGGUUUUUCCCCCCACACACCCUCACACACACACAGACACACUUCUCAAACACACUCAUCCUAAUUUUAGCUGAAGGCCCUCUCCCCUCCUGUCUCCCCUCUGCUGGAAUGAGAGCCUGAGGAUUAAGGAGCAGGGAGGCUGCACCAGAGGACCACAGGAUUGGGAUUGGAGGGCUUUGGCAGUCCUGGAUUAUUUUUGUGUUGUUGGAGGUGCCAGACUGGACUGCAGCAAACGGGAAUUUUUGUACUGGAAUUGUUGACUGGAAAUGGAGGAGCUAUAAAAGUACCUGGAGCGAGAAUCAAACUCCUGAAUAAACAGAAUAGAACUGGGUGUCUCUGGCCACACUGAGACCAGGGGUGAGUCCACUCAUCAGACAGAAGCUUUCUCUGUGCCUGAUGACCUCAGUCCAGAGGAGAGACAGGAGCUGGAAAGCAUCCGCCGCAGAAAACAAGAGCUACUGCACGACAUACAACGGCUGAAGGAUGAGAUAGUAGAGGUGACCAUAGAGAUUGAAAGCCUGGGUCAGACUGAAGAGAGGAAAAGUAUGCAGAGGAACAAACAGAUGGCCAUAGGCCGGAAGAAGUUCAACAUGGACCCCAAGAAGGGGAUUCGCUUCCUGAUUGACAGCUCCCUCCUGAAAAACACCAGUGACGACAUCGCCCAGUUCCUCUACAAGGGUGAAGGGCUCAAUAAGACGGCGAUUGGAGACUACCUCGGGGAGAGAGAUGACUUUAACAUCGAGGUUCUGCACGCCUUCCUGGACUUGCACGAGUUCACAGAUCUGAACCUGGUCCAGGCCCUCAGGCAGUUCCUGUGGAGCUUCAGGCUGCCGGGUGAGGCUCAGAAGAUCGACCGCAUGAUGGAGGCGUUCGCUCAGAGAUACUGUCGCUGUAACCCCGGAGUGUUCCAGAGCACAGAUACGUGUUACAUUUUGUCGUUCGCUGUGAUCAUGUUAAACACCAGCUUACACAACCCAAACGUGAAGGACAAACCGUCCGUUCAGAGAUUCACGGCCAUGAACCGAGGAAUCAACGAAGGAGGAGAUCUGCCAGAGGACCUGCUCAGGAACCUUUACGACAGCAUCAAGAACGAACCCUUUAAGAUCCCCGAGGAUGAUGGGAACGACCUCACACACACAUUCUUCAACCCUGACAGAGAGGGAUGGCUGCUCAAACUCGGAGGUGGACGAGUGAAAACCUGGAAGAGACGCUGGUUUAUUCUCACUGAUAACUGCCUCUACUACUUUGAAUAUACGACUGAUAAAGAGCCUCGAGGAAUUAUUCCACUGGAGAAUCUGAGUAUCCGAGAAGUAGAGGACUCCAAGAAACCGAACUGCUUCGAGCUCUUCAUCCCAGACCACAAAGAUCAGGUGAUCAAAGCCUGCAAGACGGAGGCAGACGGCCGCGUCGUCGAGGGAAACCACACCUUUUACAGGAUCUCCGCCCCGACAGCAGAGGAGAAAGAAGAGUGGAUCAACAGCAUGAAAGCCGCCAUCAGCAAAGACCCAUUUUACGAGAUGCUCGCUGCUCGGAAGAAGAAGGUGUCGUCUCUGAAGGGUCUGUAGAGCCGCAGAGGAUUCAAUCUUUACUGGAUGUAGACCUGAAACUCCUGGACCUGCUGCAGAGGAGCUCUUCUGUCAUCUUCAGCACCAGCACCUUGUUCUCUUCAGAUUUGGCUUUUGGUCAUUGACUUCUUCUUCUUCUUCUUUUGAGCACUCCUCUCCUGCAGUGCCCUCUGCUGUCCUCUUCUUUCAAUGUGCUGUGAGGACUGUUCAAAUGUGACUGACCUCAGAAACACUUCAUACACACUCAGUGUUCAGUCUGCUGAGGAGCGAGUCUCUGCAGCCACUCAAACAUUUAAAACAUGAAGAAGAGGGCAGGCUGUAAAACUGACUGGGACAAAAAGUCAGUGUGUCCGAUGACGUUUGAUAAACUGCACAAAGUGACGGUAAGAAGGGCGGAGCCGCGGCUGGUGGAUAAAUCUCAUCGUACAGGAGCGUGAGCCUGAAAUUAUCUCAUGAUUGACCUGAUUCUGAUCGUCUGAGGACUGUUUUCUAGACUUUAAGUAAACCAUCUCAUUUAUUUAAAAAACUUGAAGAAUAAAAUAACUGGAAAACAAACGAGUGCAGGCAUCUCUCACCCGGGACCCAAUCUUUAAUGUUUGUCCAUAAAAUGCUUCUUUUUUUAUUUUAGCCUGUUUUCUUGGAUUUUCCUGCUGUUUGUCUCGAGUCAAAGAACUGUUACUGAAAAAUGAAGGCAAUGCUUUAAUAGCGAAAUAUUUAUUUAUCCAGAUUUCUUGUAAUUUAUUGUUAAAAAAAGUUUGUUUUUCUCCCCGUUCUCAUUAAACGUUUUGCAGAACAAUA